CUGUACGUGCAAAGUUGCCCGGGCAGCGAUGUGUAAGCGGCACGUAGACGGCAGGGGCCGCGUAUCGGGCUCCCAUGAUCAAAAUAUAUAGUCCCGAGAGAGAGGGAGAGAGAGAGAGGGAGAGAGGGACGUUUUGUUACAGUUUGACAAUGAUUUUAUCGCUUCUACUUGGAGACGCAGCUGUAAUUGCAAGUCUGACGCUGGUAGGGGACUAAAGAAUAAAAGGAAAAAAAGACACCGUCCCGUUUUAUACCUAUUCGUAAUAAAUUUUAUCUGAACAAAGACUGAAUCGAGGCAAUUUGAGAUGCACUGAAGCUAAGUUUGGGAAUGGCAGGGGUAGAUAAUAUAUUUUCUAUUUCAAAUCUAAUGUUUAAAAGGAAAUACGAGCCUUGUAUUUCUCCCCAAACGAAAAAUCACUAGCAGUGAUAUUCCUGUAGGGACUGAGCGCGUCUGCGGCAGCCUACUGGAUAGACUGUUGGGUGUUAGGAGAGGAGGAUCAUGGAUAAAACUUUGCGCAUUCUACAGAAACCCACAGACGGUGUGCCGACCGGGAUCUCCCUGGACGUGAGUUUAAACAUGGACGAACGGGAAGAUUUCACGGAACAGCAGAUUGUGGGACUCCCGGACAAAAUCCCUCUUGUGAAGCCGUAUUUCAAAAAGAAACAGAGGAAAUUGGACGCCAAAUGCCUCCACCGCGCCCUGGAGGACCCUAUCCUGACCACUUUACUGAGCACCGAUGCGCUCGUCUCCGGGGACGGGGUGUUUGUCCCCCGGAGCCAACCGGGUCGGACACCGGGGAACUUGUGCGCGGCGGCCGUGGUCAAGCAGAGCUGUAUCGGGCCGGUGUGCCUGAAAGACUCGGGAGCCGCUGACGACGCCGCAGCUGGAGCCAGGAUACCGGGGCUGAUUACGCGCGACGGAGACGCGGAGAUGGCCGAUACGACCGCGGAGCUAGAAGAGACGGAGCGCCGCGGGGAGCGACUCAAGAUAACCGGGGUGGAUUCUACCUCCGACAGCCGCUGUUUCCAGUUGAAAUCUGGCCUCAGGGCGGCCGUGGCCACAGUGACAAUAACACCCCCCACCAGGGACAUAUCUCCCAUAGUAGCACCCCAGCCUCCUCUCCAAGAGGGGGCCAUCAAAAGCAGUGACCUCUUCACCCCCGGGGCCAAAUGCCUUCCUGUCAAAGACAGCAGCAGCUUCGGGCCCCCCCACCCCCUCCUCCUUCAGGCCCCUCAGCCUGACAAAGGAGUGAUAUUUCAGGAUAAAAGCGAAGAGGCCUCCCUGGACCUGGUCUUUGAGCUGCUCACCCAGCUCCAGUAUCACACGCACCAGGCGGACUCAGUGUCGAUCUGUGUGGAUUUCCUGCAGGGCCAGUGUGUUUAUGGCAGUGACUGUGCCCACCACCACACCGUGCUACCCUACCACUGGCAGAUCCGCAGGAGCUGCAGCCAGACCUGGCAGAGCAUAGCGGACGACUCGCAGGAGCAGCUGGAGAGACUGUACUGCAACCCGGACAAUGAGCAAGUCAGGCUCAAAUUUCAGGGUCGAGUGUUUUCCCUAGACUUUGGGGCGAUGCGAGUGUGUGACCUGGAGUUUGACCGCGUCCGGCGACUGACCACUCCUCCCAGCCCCUUAGGCCCGCCUCAAGCCAACGCAAACCCCGCCCCCAACUGUCACACCGUGUGGAAGUACUACUGCAGAGACAACUUCGGCUGGAGAGAAUACUCCGAGCCGGUGGUGAGGCUGAUUGAGGAGGCGAGUGGGAGGGGUCUUAAGGAGGUGCGCUUCAUCACGCUCCAGAACCAGUACAUCCUCAACAUCAGGGAAGGCUUCCAGCAGAAUGCGGUGUUUGGUUUCAGACGUCAGAUCAAGAAACGGCCCAUGUUCAUGUCCUCCGUGAUGCUCACACCCCACCUGCAGACUUUGGGAGGCCUCUCUUCAUCACCUCUCCCCUCCUCCUCCUCCUCCUCCUCCUGCUCGUCUUCCUCAUCGUCCAUGGAUCUGUCCGUGUCACACCCCCUCUCACCAACAUCCACAAACCCACCCAGCCUUUUUCCGGAGACGUGGUUGCCCAUGACAACGAGCCAGGACUUCCUGCAGGUGCCGGUCUCCCGUGACGACCGCAGCUACCGGACAGUGUACAGCCUGUUCCACAAGACCGUGUCGGAGACCAAGUUCCGGAUCCUCAAGAUCCUGCGCGUGCAGAACCCCUUUCUCUGGGAAAAGUACAAGAGGAAGAAGGAGUACAUGUCACGGCGUCUGUCAGAGAUGGACCGGCUUCUGAGCGAGCGCCACCUCUUCCAUGGCACCUCGGCCGAUGUGGUGGAGGGCAUCUGCAAGCACAACUUUGACCCACGCGUCUGUGGCAAGCAUGCCACCAUGUUCGGUCAGGGCUCCUACUUCGCCCGCAAGGCCGUCUACUCCCACAACUUCUCCAAGCGCUCGCCCAAAGGAGUCCACUGCAUGUUCCUGGCCAAGGUUCUUACUGGCAGGUUCACUGUAGGAAAUCCUUCCAUGCGACGCCCUCCACCCAUCAGCCCCCGUGACCCCUCCAGUGACCUCUAUGAUUCUUGUGUCGACAACUGGGUGGACCCCCAGAUCUAUGUAAUCUUCAACGACGACCAGAGCUACCCUUACUUUAUCAUUCAAUACGAGGAGGUACCUAGCACCGUCUCCGUCUGAACGCUGCAUCAGACCUGGGUCCAUCAGUAUUUGCGAAAUACUUCUGUACUUCUGCAUGUUUUGUUCUGCGUAGGUGGUAAAUGGGUGGUGUUUGCCAGACAAAAUGACAAAGAAGAACUUUAGACUACUGAAAGUCAGAAUUUUGUGUACUUUUCCAUGACAGAUGUCAUACCUGAGAAUGUCCAAAUAGUCUUGAUUGAGUAAACUUCACCCAUCUGGUAUCUACACAGUUUGAAACAAAAGCUUAGAACUGUUUGCAAAUCGAUAAAUGAUCCAGGUGUGCAGUGGACCAGAUCAAACCAGACCAGACUGGAUUUAGCUGGUCGACAAAGGAGCAGAGCAGAAGACCACCUUACUUACUGUGUCAUCCGGGACAAAAAGCCACCUAUUACUGUGGUCAUCAAAGACCAGACGAGAUCAGAUCAAACAGGUCAAAACCAGAUUCAGCCGGCCAAAACUGGACUGGACCAGAGCAAAACCUGUUUGAUCCAGUGUUAUGAGGCUCCCGGCACUGAGGACAUCUGAGACCACACUGACUGGAGUGGACAGGAUUGUGCUGGGCCAAACUGGACUGAGUUGGUCCAGACUAGAUCAGAUGUACCGCAUUUCAUCAUCUAACAUGAAGAGGAACCCAGUGGUGAACGCUGCACCAGAGAGAACUUUGUAUACAUCAAUCUAACUGACCUGGAUCAGACCCGGGAAAACACAAAGCUACACCCCUUAUCAUUUUAACUUGGUAUCUAGUUGAAUGGCUGUCUGAACUUAGUUAAACAUCAAGCUAAACUGUUCCCUUGCUCUGUAGUAGACAGUAGCGCCCUGCUAGUGCUGUGAAUGAACCAACUGGAAGCAGUGACCAAACAGCCGGUGGCAUCUGCACAUUAAUAGAGUUACCAUGGUGACAUCCAACCCCACCUUAUUCUCUUGAAUACAAAAGUCAUAGUGAGCAUAUAACAUGCCUCCCACCCAUCGGUUCUCAAGUCUGUGUACUGCGUGUUUGAAUCUUGGACUUGGACAUCCAUUUUGUGGCCUCUUCAAACAGACAGUGGACAUGUGUUUCAGUGGUACUCAGUGCUAUCCAAAUGGACAUGUAUGUAAACAGGCAGCCAUUUUGGGGCCCGAACAGAGAUUUCACAAGGAGACAGUGCUGUUUUUGGUAGAACACUUUACCUUUGCGCCUAUCGUUGUGGUUACUCGUGGGGUAUUGAAGAGUGUACAGUUUCACUGAGACUUGAUGCUGCAGCAGCAGCGUAGUGCUUUGUCAACAAAACCAAACUCCCUGAAACUCAUCUCUCUUUUGGACCGCUCUCUCUCACUCUGAGAGACCGUAGACAUGUUUUAUUGAAACAAACUGUACAUACGUACGUUCUCUUUGUUUAUAUUUGAACUGUGUGCCUUUUGUUCAUAAAACUGUUUAUUUAUGUUAGUUUAAUGUAACAUUGAUUAAAUAAAGAAUAUA